GAAAACUGCGAUCACUCAUUCGAACUACGCUGUUAGUGGUGUUUCAGGGCUGAUAGGCACCUACAGCUUCAGGAAACUAUCGCAAAAAAAAUUAAAAAUUAAAUACAUCGUACAUUAUAGUGUUAUUUGAUCGGUUUGGGUAAUGGCAAUAAUUUCAUAGAGUUUUGAACGCAACGCGUUUCCGAAUGCGACUACCAACUUCCAAGCGAUGCAAUCGCCACUGAAAACUUUCAUUUCAAAGAGGCCUUGUAUUUUUUUUUUUACAACAGGUCCACGGCAUAUGCGGAGAGGAGACUGAUUAGGCUAUACAGCCUACGAAAUACAUGUAGUUAUCUUUGGUUUAUUUUACAGCCAAAGUUACUUAAGUUACUUUCAAUAACAAGAAGAGACGACUCAUCGACUGGUUUAUCGGACAAGCUACCGGACAGGAUCAGGAUUAAAAAGCAAUCGAACGCCUUCAGUUUUCCUCGAAACUACGAGCCAAGGAAUUCCAAAUCUGGUUAAAUGCGGUACGAGGCUAAAAUGAUGCCGAUGUUCCUGACAGUGUACCUCAGUAACAAUGACCAGCAUUUUACAGAGGUGCCCAUUACCCCAGAGACGCUGUGCCGGGACGUGGUGGAGCUAUGUAAGGAGCCCGGAGAGACUGAAUGCCACCUGGCUGAGAUGUGGCGUGGAUCUGAGCGACCUGUAGGAGUCGGGGAGAGGAUGCUGGACGUGCUCCAGCAUUGGGGGCAGCACAGGGCAGAGGUGCGCUUCUACCUGCGCCAUGACCGAGUGCCCAGCAGAGAAUCUGGUGGCUCACGAGGAUCAGACUCCAAGAGGAACGGAGUGAAGAGCACCUGGGAUAGACGGGUGGAGAACGGGGUGUCGGCCCCACGGAUGGACAUGACUCUGGCUGAGCUGCAGGAGAUGGCUGCCAGACAGCAGCAGCAGAUAGACGCACAGCAACAUCUCCUCGCCUCCAAGGAACAGCGCCUGCACUACCUGAAGCAGCAGGAGGAGAGGCAGCACCAGCAGGAGGAGAGGCAGCAGCAGCAGCAGGCAUCGGACCAGGAGAAGCUGCGGCGUCUCAGGGAGAACGUGGAGAACCAGGAGACACGGCUCAAGAAGGUCCGGGCCCUCAAGGGCCACGUGGAGCAGAAACGCCUCAGCAACGGCAAGCUGGUGGAGGAGAUAGAGCAGAUGAAUGGUCUGUUCCAACAGAAGCAGAGAGAGCUGGUGGUGGCUGUGUCCAAGGUUGAGGAGCUCAACAGACAGCUGGAGAUGCUCAAGAAUGGCAAGAUGGACGGCUUCAAAGACAACCAGAGCUCUGUGGCUGAGCUGGACCACCUCUACAAGGAGCUGCAGCUGCGUAACAAGCUGAACCAGGAGCAGAACUCCAAGCUGCAGCAUCAGAGAGACAGUCUGAACAAGCGCAACCUGGAGGUGGCCUCUAUGGACAAACGCGUCAGUGAGCUCCGAGACCGCCUCUGGAAGAAGAAGGCCGCUCUGCAGCAGAAAGAGAACCUGCCGCCACAGAUGCCCUGGCCCUCAGAGCCGGCCCCUAUCAAAAAAAAUGGCUUCCCUGGUAAGGAGAGGGCUACUAAAGACACUCAUCCGCAGCUGCCCUCUGAUGGUCCGGUGGGUCUGCAGCAGCAGCAGGGUCCGUCUCGUGUGGCGGCUGUCGGCCCUUACAUCCAGUCGUCCACCAUGCCUCGUGGCCCAGUGAGACACGAGCUGCUGGUCAAACCUGCUGCCUACCCCGAUGGCACCGCCACCCUGCCUGCACACCCAGAACCCCAGGACAAAGGUAACACAGGUAAGCUGGCAGAGUGGGGCACUUCUGGACCAGAGUCCAACAGCAGUAGUCUUGGGUCAUCCUCCAUACUGCCCAGAAUGACCUCUGACUCCAGCGCUAACACAGAGCAAGGUGAGACGGAGGGCAUGAAGAGGGACCGGCGGGUGCGUCCGUUCUCUAUGUUUGAGCCCACUGAGGUGUCCUCCUCCUCCCUCCGCAAGAACCAGAGCAGUGACGACCUGGUCAGAGACGCCCAGUCUGCUCCUAAAGCUGCAGUCAAGGUGCCCCCACCCGUCGCCAGCAAACCCAAAGCCCCCAGUUGCGCCCCCUAUGGCAAGCCAGGCCUCAACACCGGGACCUUCCCCAAGGCCAAGCCCCCCAGCCAGCAACAGCACCCCCAGGAGGCGGCCAAGGCCCGCGUCCCACUGACCCCAUCCCAGAGCCAGACCCUGCCCCUGCCCUCCAAGCAGGACCCCCCUCUGGCAGCCACCAUAAGACCCUUCACACCAGAGCUACCUAAGGACCUGAGCAAGCCCCAGACCCUGGCAGCCAGCUCCAUCUACUCAAUGUACACUCAGCAGCCCACCCCAGGCAAGCCCUACCCACCGGCCAUACAGGGGUCUCUCAACAGGAGCCAGAGCCGAGGCAACGGAUUUGUCAGUGUGUACGGUAAGCCUGUGAUCUCCGGUGGUGGCCCCCAGCAACCAGAGAACCCAUACAGUGAGCAGCGGCACUCCCCAGACCAGCCCUCAGAGGUGGACCACGGGUCACAACAGGGCCCCCCCACCGAGGGCCAGCAGGGGGAGACAGAGCGCACCCCCCGUCCCCUCAGCCCCACCAAGCUGCUGCCCUUCAUCUCCAACCCCUACCGCCAUCAGAGUGACGGGGACCUGGAGGCCCUCAGGAAGAAGCUGUACAACGCCCCACGGCCCCUGAAGAAACGCAGCUCCAUCACAGAGCCCGAGGGCCCCGCAGGGCCCAACAUCCAGAAGCUGCUUUAUCAGAAGACCACGCUGGCUGCCAUGGAGACCAUCCUCACCACGCCCACCACACCCGAGGCUGUAAAGGAUGCGGGAGGGGCGUUGCCUGGUGUUCCAGGUCCCCCGAUUGUUGGGGAGAGCAGCCAACCGGGAAGUGUGAAACUGGAGGUGCGUGACGUCCCUCCUCCCACCCCUAACCACCACCUCCCACCCCCAGCAGAACAGACUACCCCACCAGCCAUCCCAGAGGGAGACAGAGAGGAGUUCACGCCCCCUCCCCAUCCACCCCACCCUGCCCCUCGACCUGACCAGCCCCGGUUCCCCCCACCGCCCCCUGCUGCUGCAGGCAUGGAGGAGCCCAGCCCACCCAGCCUGCAACCUCCUCCAGAGAGUUUCAUGGAAGAAUUCCCCCCCUACCCUCCACCACCUUACCCCAGCGGGGCUGAGCAGGAGAUCCUGGGGGAGGACACCUUCAGCAUGCAGGCACCAGAGGUCACAGGACAGGUCACAUUGCCACCGGGGAAGAGGACCAACCUGCGUAAGACCGGCUCCGAGAGGAUCGACCACAGCAUGAGGGUGAAGUUUAACCCCCUGGCCCUGCUCCUGGACUCCUCUCUGGAGGGAGAGUUUGAUCUGGUCCAGAGGAUCAUCUACGAGGUGGAGGACCCUAGUCUGCCUAAUGAUGAGGGGAUCACAGCCCUCCACAACGCAGUCUGUGCCGGACACACAGAGAUCGUCAAGUUCCUAGUCCAGUUUGGUGUCAACGUCAACGCAGCCGACAGCGAUGGCUGGACUCCGCUGCACUGCGCGGCCUCCUGUAAUAACGUGCAGGUGUGUAAGUUCCUGGUGGAGUCCGGAGCAGCGGUGUUUGCUAUGACCUACAGUGACAUGCAGACGGCAGCGGAUAAGUGUGAGGAGAUGGAGGAGGGAUACACCCAGUGCUCCCAGUUCCUCUACGGUGUGCAGGAGAAGAUGGGCAUCAUGAACAGGGGCGUGGUGUACGGCCUGUGGGACUACAGCAAUGACAAUUCUGAUGAGCUGGCGUUCCAUGAGGGAGACUGCAUGACCAUCGUCCGCCGAGAGGACGAGGACGAGACCGAGUGGUGGUGGGCGGGCACGGGCGACACGGAGGGGUACAUCCCUCGGAACCUUCUGGGGCUUUACCCAAGAAUUAAGCCCAGACAGAGAAGCCUGGCUUAGACCCCUUGUCAAUCCUGAACUGUAAAUAUAUCAGGAGGCAUGGACACUGGCUGCAUCUCAUUGGUCCAAUACCUCUCCUCAUCUUCUCUCCUUCAUCUGCUCUGAUCUGUGAAGUAAUAUGGGGGAAGAUUGAGAUGGAGCAACAAUUGAGAUGCAGGUCCACACAGGCUUUAUUUAAUAGGACCGUACAAGGAGAGGCCAACAGUCACGUGAAGAAACGUUGAGACCAAACCACAUGAAGGAUUUUAAACUGACCCAAGAACACUACAGACGGGCCUAUGACCACUGACUUUGGCCCAUCUGAGGCACUUUUACAUACCAGGAGAAGAGGUUUUCCACACUUAUUUUCCCAGACCACUGUGUGUGUAUAAGACACUAAAGGCAUUAUGUUUCUCUACAUGUUUUGUCGUAUUGUUUUCCGAUCAAGUAUCUGCAUUUAUGGAUAUUGAUCAGAAUGUCUGGGGAUAAAUGUAAAAUGGAACAAACAGUAUUUUUAUGUUGAAAGGUGUUUUUUACACUUUUACAUAGUUUUUAAAACUGUUAUUCUUUCAUUUGAACCUCGUCAGAAAGAGCUGGAGCUGAACAAUGUGUUAGUUGAGUGAAUGAAUUAGUGUAAUACAUGAUGAAUGUGAUGAAUUUUGUAUGAACAGGUAUUCUGUUACCUUAUGUCAUUUCCUGUUUUUAGUGACUGUGUCCCACUCAGUAUAACUACAAUAGAAGCCCAUGUUUCAGCAUUGACCCUACUGUACUGGCAAGGGUUAAUGUCUGAGUGUGUACCACUAUUACCACUGUUCAACUUAUCAAACUGGGAAUGAAAUGAUGAAACGUAUGUUUGGUUGGUGAAACGUAGCCUAUACCACUGUUGAAUGAGCUAUUGCUUUUGACUCUUGUUCUUCGAUGAUGCUAACAUAGCCUGUGGUUCAGUAUAUUUUCUAAGUGAGCAGAUAUAAGCAGCACUCGUUAUAUUUCUCGACACUGGCUUAAUGGUGGAGAUAUGACAAACAGAUAAGUACUACAGUUGUGCUAUUGUCACAAUAGACAUUCCUCGGAAACUAUGACAUCACUAGUGAAAUCCACGUGUCAUCUGUUUCUAAAAUGGCGUCCCUGCAUUUAAAUGGACCAUUUAGCCAUGUAGGAAGGAUGAGAGGGUUAACUUCAAGGAACCUUAUUCACACGCUAUGUAGCUUGGCUUGAAGAGUAAGAGAUGGUAGAGAUGAAUGCUUAUAAUGUCAGACAAGGUGUCUUUCCUUAAAAUCUCUAAAGCAAGUUGAAUGAAAACUCAAUCAGCUCAUUCAUAGUAAGGAAUUCUGCAUCAACUCGUCAGAUUCAACAGAUGGAUUUAUUUUUGUUACGUUUUAUUAUCGUUCUUUUUUCGUUUUGUCCAACUAUAACCUCACAUGUAGAAUUGUAAACAUUUGCAAUAAAAUACGGACCUUCCGGAUCCGGUGGCAUGCAUUGAAACGG